GUGCGACUGUCAAAAACCCAAAACAGAACGAUUGCGACGAUGAGAAGAGCAUGUGAAAUUGGUUGAUGUUCCUGUUUUAAAUUUAAUAUUUUCGUCUAUUCCAUCAAUCAAUGCUCCUUUACCUACCAUAAGUGAAUUCAUAACUUUUGUUUCAUCGUUCACAAGUCGAAGAGUGCAAAAUGUUGGCGAAAACAGUUUUUAAUAGAGCUUCGCUCCGGUGUCUAUCAACAUUGGCUGUACCGGAACCGACUGCAGCAAUAUCCGAUAAAGCCAAUGAUAUCCUCAAGCAUCCGGAUUACUUCGGGGUACACCGAUUGUUCACAGUGGAAGACCUUUUCAAGGCAAAAAUUCACUUGGGCCACAAAGAGGGCACACUACACAACAAUAUGAAGGGAUAUCUGUUCGGUAGUCGGCUAGGACACUGCAUCAUUGACCUGGACAAAACGGCGGAAUAUCUGCGGCUGGCCUUGAACGUCACUGCUCAUGUUGCGUAUCGAGGCGGAGUAAUACUGUUCUUCAAUCGCAGUGCCCAGAAUGGUCACAUUGUGGAGAAAACCGCCAUGGAGUGUGGGGAAUAUUCUCACACCCGGUUCUGGCGAGGCGGCGUAUUCACCAAUGCCAACGUACAAUUUGGCGCCGUAACGCGACUUCCCGAUUUGUGCAUUUUCCUCAACACCCAAAAUAACAUUCUAGAGAUGCACACGGCAGUGAAAGAUUCUGCCAAAAUGUCUAUACCGACCAUCGGAAUCGUUGACAGCAACUGCAAUCCGAAUCUUAUCACGUAUCCUGUGCCCGGAAACGACGACACACCGUCGGCCAUCGAAUUGUACUGUAAGUUGUUCAAAAGUGCUGUUUUACUGGGCAAAGCUAAAAUGAAGGAGGAUGCCCAGCACAACUAAUUGCAAUUCAUACGUUAAUAAGAAUAUGAUUUCGAAGCUGUUCGGAUUGAAAA